CGCCGCCCAUAUCCUGUCUAGCCUAUAUCCUGGCCACACCAAUGUUUUAGUUUACUUGUUACAUUUAUGAUUUUUUAGUUUCAUUUAAAGUUUAUACAUAAAUAAAUUAUAUCAUUCGUUAGUGUUGAUUAGUAGUUUAUGUUGUUAGUAUUUUGUGUUAAUAUUUCUUAUAAUAAUUGUUUAAGUUCAUUCAGUUGCUUUUGCCAUUGAAACGAUCUGUUCUAUAAAUUGGAAUAACGUUUUCAGUUUAAGUUUUUUAUUCAAUUAAAGAAAAAUGCGUGAGUAUAAAUUGGUUGUUUUGGGCAGCGGUGGUGUGGGAAAGUCGGCUCUUACUGUCCAAUUUGUCCAGGGCAUCUUUGUUGAAAAAUAUGAUCCAACAAUUGAAGACUCAUACAGAAAACAAGUAGAAGUUGAUAGCGCACAAUGUAUGUUGGAAAUUUUGGAUACUGCUGGCACGGAACAAUUUACUGCUAUGCGUGAUCUGUAUAUGAAAAAUGGGCAAGGAUUUGUACUUGUAUAUUCUAUUACUGCACAAUCAACUUUUAAUGAUUUACAAGAUUUACGUGAACAAAUUCUUAGAGUCAAGGAUGCUGAUGAUGUUCCUAUGGUAUUAGUUGGAAAUAAAUGUGAUUUGGAAGAUGAAAGAGUUGUUGGACGAGAACAAGGCCAACAAUUAGCGCGUACAUUUGGUUGUGCUUUCAUGGAAACAUCCGCAAAGCAACGUGUUAAUGUUAACGAUAUAUUCUAUGACUUAGUACGACAGAUUAAUCGUAGAUCGCCAGACAAAGGUUCUAAAGGAAAAUCAAAGAAAAAGAGAUCACUUUGUACUAUAUUGUAAGCUAGAUAAUUGAUCAGGAUCAAAAUAAAUAGGACAAGAAUGAAAGUUAUUAGGAAGACCAAACAAGAAUCUGGUAACAUUAUGAUGACCUCCUGAAAAAGGAUUUAUUUAAUAUUGUAUACAUUUAAUUAUAUUUUGUAAAUAACUAUUUAUAAUAUUGUUUUAUCUUUUUAUUUAAUGUUUCUUAUUUAAUUUAUUACAUAUACUAUGUUCUUAUUAGAUACCAAGCACAUUUAAUUAUUAUCCAAACAACUUAUUGUAAAUAAUUUAUUAUGUCUUAUUAUUAAUAUAAUUAUUUAAAAUUGUAAUUAUUUUGUUUAGUAUUGAACAGAGCGUUUAAGAAUUAUAAUUGGGUAUUAGCUUGGUGUUUGCACAACUGUUAUCUGUUGAUUGAAUUAAUGAUACGUAAACUAAGUUUUUUGACAAAACUUGUAUAUUCAAAGUAUAAUUUUUUUGUUGUUUUCGGUAAUUCUCAAUAUUUAAAGCUACCAAUUAUAACAUAUUUUAAAUAUUUUAA